AUGUUCCGUAUCCGACCAACUCCAAUUUUAUCGACACGAGGAGAAGCGUUCUUCGAAGUGCCAAAAAUGAUGAAACAAGAGGUAUAUCAAGGAAUUGGUGAUGAAGAUGGCUGUGUUGUCAGGUUGAGGGGAUUACCAUGGUCAGCAACAGAAUCUGAAGUUGUCAAAUUUUUCGGAGAAGACGUAGAGAUAGUAGAUGGAGAACAGGGAGUCCAUUUUACAUUUUCCCGAGAGGGAAGGCCAAGUGGAGAAUGCUUUGUGGAGUUGAUAGAUGAAGACAAUGUGCAGAGAGGGUUGAAAUGUCAUAAUAAACACAUGGGAAACAGAUAUAUUGAAGUUUUCCGCUCCAAGAAAAGUGAAAUGGAUUGGGUGAUUAAGAGGGCAGGGCCUGGACAAAUGCCAGGAUCCUGUGAAGCUGUGGUCAGGUUACGUGGACUGCCGUUUGGUUGUUCCAAAGAAGAAAUUGCUCAAUUUUUCACAGGGUUGGAGAUUGUACCAAAUGGGAUAAUGCUACCAGAGGAUCGACAAGGGAGAAGCACGGGGGAGGCAUACGUCCAAUUUGCAUCACAGGAGAUAGCCGAAAAAGCUUUAUCCAAACACAAGGAAAGAAUUGGGCACAGGUACAUUGAAAUCUUUAAAAGUGGCAUGCAAGAGGCCCAGAAUGCCAUGGGACAGACCCCCCGGAUAAGGCCACUGAUGGGGGGAUCAGGAGGGGGAAUGCAGCGACCAGGUCCCUAUGACAGAAACAACCGCUUUGGAAUGGGGGCAGGUGGUGCCAGUAGUAACAUGGGCAUGGGAGGCAAUCCCGGAAUGGGAAUGUCGGGAUAUGGCAUGGGUCGAGGCAGUCGUAAUGUAAAAGGAUUCUUUGAAGAUGACUUUGAUGAUUUCAAUGGUGGCUACGGACCAGGACCAGGCUUUGGCAGUGGAGGUGGUGGCAUGAACCGCCGAGGUCCCAUGGGGAUGAGGCAGCAGCAACAGAGAGGAAGAAUGAACAUGAUGGGUGGAGAAGGGGGAAUGGGCCCAGGCAUGGGCGGACGUAUGGGAGGAGGAGGAGGAGGGGGCAUGGGGGGUGGAAUGGGAGGGAGCGGGAUGGGAGGUGGCAAUCGACAGAGAGGAGCUACCCCAGGCAGUCACUACGUCAGCCGGACUGGUCACUCUGUACACAUGAGGGGACUCCCUUUCCAAGCCCUCGAGUCCGACAUAGCAGAUUUCUUUUCUCCAUUGACCCCUGUUAGAGUAGAGUUUGAGUUCGCACCAAAUGGAAGACCAACAGGAGAGGCCAAUGUUGACUUCAAAACUCAUUCUGAUGCAGUGGAAGCCAUGUCCCGACACAAGAAAAAUAUGCAGCACAGAUACAUAGAGCUCUUUUUAAAUUCCACACCAACUGGACGACAGAAUUAUGGACCUGGUGGUGGAUUCAACGGGGGAGGGGUAGGGAACAUGGGAAACAUGGGUGGGGGUUACGGUGAUGGAGAAGACUUUGAUGAAUCAGAGGAUUUUGAAGGAGGGAUGAACAAUUUUGGAGGUGGAAUGGGCAACAUGGGGGGUGGUAUGGGCAAUAUGGGUGGGGGUAUGGGCAACAUGGGCGGAGGCAUGGGCAACAUGGGCGGUAAUAUGGGAAAUCCAAACUACACUGCUUUCUGAUGACAUCAUGAAAAUGAAAAGAAUCUUAAGCAGAGAGGAUGUGUUGAAUAGAAGACAGUCUUUUUGGAGUGCAGCAUGGUUUUUCCCGAAAGACAUGAGUGUUAUAGUGACAAUUUAUUACUGUUUCCAAGUAAUACCCAAAAUCAUGCUAAUACCAUUGAAUAUCUCAUUGAUUUCAUGUAGUGAAGUCCAUUAUCAUUUACUUCUGUGAGUAUUGUGUUUGAAAUUUACAUGUUUUCAUGUAUAUAUUGAUUAAAUCAAUGAACACCAUU